GAUAACAACAAGAUGAGCGGAAGAGGCAAAACCGGCGGAAAGGCCAGAGCAAAGGCUAAGUCUCGUUCUUCCAGGGCUGGUCUUCAGUUUCCCGUUGGCCGUGUUCACAGGCUGCUUCGCAAGGGUAACUAUGCUCAGCGUGUCGGUGCCGGUGCUCCAGUGUACUUGGCCGCUGUGCUCGAGUAUCUGACCGCUGAGAUCUUGGAGUUGGCUGGAAACGCCGCUCGGGACAAUAAGAAGACCCGUAUCAUCCCCCGUCACCUGCAGCUGGCGGUGCGCAACGACGAGGAGCUGAACAAGCUUCUGGGUGGAGUGACCAUCGCUCAGGGCGGUGUGCUGCCCAACAUCCAGGCUGUUCUGCUGCCCAAGAAGACCGAGAAGGCCACCAAAGGCAAAUAAACUGCUGCAGUUUGAGAAUUACAGAACAUAAAGGCUCUUUUCAGAGCCACCCACUUGGUCUUUAAAAGAUUGUGCUUCUAGUAAUAUAUUAAACCACAUAAUACUAAAAAUAUAUAUAAAUUCUCACUAAAGAAUUCCCUUUUAU